AUGUAUAGACAUGAAUAUUACAAGCUGCGCUAUGUACUCGAAGUGUUAAAUAUCUUUGGAAAACCCGGUCUGUCAGAGAUAGAAUUUUGCGGCCCCGGUUUUAAUGCGACUAUGCUUUCCGAAAUUUUAAGAAACUCAUCUUUAGAAGUGAAGGAAACCCCACCGUUAUUUCAGGAAAUCGAUGAAAACUUCUACUCUUAUUCAUGUUUCCUACGAUCCUAUCAGAAAUAUGAACAACUGUCUCCACAACAUGCACAUAUUAUAGACACUAUUGUGAUUGGUAAAGCGCACGUUACACCAAAUUUUCGUUGCUAUAUUUGGUUUGAAAAUGAUUUAAAACCAAAAUCAGGAAGAUUUAACUACAAAAUUUUGUCUGAACCCAUGAAUAAUUUCCGACUGUAUGUGUUUGAAUGUUCUAUGAACAAAAACUUCGGUAAACCAAAGGGAGUGAGUUUCUUUAUCAAUGAUUAUAAUGUGAAUCCUAUUCAUGCACCUAUCAAUCGCUUGAUCCAGGUUAACACUAAAAGAAAGGUGAGGCAGAGGAGUAAUAUAAGAUUUGUGAAUACAAUUGUUCCAGCUGUAUGUGUUAUUCCAAAUCAAAUUCCAAUUGUAUCAAGGGAUGCUUUUAUAGAGUUUCUAGUAUUCCAUCAUUUAGUUGGUGUUGAUUAUUUCACUAUAUAUGACAGUAUGAUAUCAGAGGAUGUAAUAAGGCGACUGAAUUUAUUCCCUCCAGACAUUACCCAGUGGAGUAUACAAUUCUAUCCACUAAAUUAUCCAUUCAUAUUCUCAAAAUCAUACGAAAUUGUAAGAAAAGCUAUAGAAUUAGAUUGCAUUUUCCGUCAUUUUAGAUAUGAUAAGGAAGAAUCAAACAAAGUAAGUCACCUUGCUGUUUUGGCCUGGGAUGAAUUUUUAGUACCUAGAAUACAUACCACUGUUCAGGCUCUUCUAAGAGAUUACGAUCCGAUGAUGACAAUACAAACAUCAACUGUAGACAGCUUUCUCUUCUGUUUGAACCAAAAUGAUGAUGAUAAUGCAGAUAUUAGAUACCCAGAUAUCAUGAAGAAAACACAUUACUAUAAUGUUCCACAUGUAAAAGUACCGAUUAUGAUCAGAAACUUGGACACAAUGAUAGCAUUUGAUGAUAUAUUCAACUUAACCGCAAAUGCAAAGAGUAUUUCAACGGAUAUGUUGGGAGUGCAUAAGUAUACAGUGUGCAGUGAUCCGAAAAAGUUUAAUUUGAAUGGCUACAACGAGACCGAAAUGCAAGUAUUCCAGCAUAAGUUUGAAGGCGCUAUGUUAAAGUUUGGAGAUAGAAUUGUCAGUGAUAAAAUCUAUAGGUUGUAUAGAUCAGGACAAAUAUGGGAAAAGAAUAGCAAUGAAAAUGUACGAGAUAUGUUGUAA